AUGUCCACCAUCUACAACUUCAAGGCAAUGACCGUCGUCCCGACGUACAAGGACUUCAUUGACAUUGUCCUGUCCAAGACGCAGCGCAAGACGCCCACUGUGGUGCAUAAAGGGUACCACAUUUCCCGCAUCCGUCAGUUCUACAUGAGGAAGGUGAAGUUCACUCAAAAGACGAUCAAUGAGAAGCUCACCCACGUCUUGACAGAGUUCCCUCGCAUGGACGACAUUCACCCAUUCUACGGCGACCUCAUGCAUGUGCUUUACGACCGCGACCAUUACAAGGUGGCUCUCGGCCAGGUGGGCGCGGUGCGGCACAUGGUUGACAACAUUGGACGCGACUACGUGCGUUUGUUGAAGUAUGGUGACUCGCUCUAUCGAUGCAAGCAGCUGAAACGCGCCGCAUUGGGCCGUAUGGCGACCGCGUGCAAGAAACUCACAAGUGCAAUGGUGUAUUUGGAAAAGGUCAGACAGCACAUGUCACGCCUUCCGUCCAUUGAUCCGAAUGCGCGAACGCUGCUCAUCACCGGCUUCCCCAAUGUGGGUAAAUCGAGCUUUAUGAAUAAGGUCACUCGCGCGGAUGUGGAGGUGCAGCCGUACGCCUUCACGACGAAGUCUCUCUUUGUUGGCCACACUGAUUACAAGUAUGCCAGCUGGCAGGUGAUUGAUACCCCCGGUAUUCUUGAUCACUCUCUUGAAGAGCGCAACGUUAUUGAAAUGCAGGCAAUCACGGCGCUGGCACAUCUCCGCGCGUGCAUAUUAUUCUUCAUGGAUGUUAGUACCCAAUGUGGGUAUUCCGUCGCGCAGCAGGUUUCGCUCUUUAAGUCAAUCGGACCGCUCUUCACCGGGAAGCCGGUGGUUGUCGUCUUCAACAAGAGUGACAUCUGCACCAUCGACGACAUCUCGGCGGAGGAGCAUGCUCUUAUCAUGGAGGCGAUUGAAGAGGCGGGUGCAAAGUGGAUUACCACCAGCACGCUGACAGACCUUGGCGUUGGGGACCUCAAGACACUUUCCUGCGACACGCUGCUCGCUCAUCGCUCCGAGCAGAAGGAGGGCAGUGGGCGCUUCCAGGCGAUCCAAAACCGUCUCUACUGUGCCGUGCCACAAAAGCGCGACAACCUGGAGCGACCCGCCCACGUUCCCACAUCAGUGCUGUACGAAGAGGAGGAGCGCACCACCAGUGGGCCGGCGCGCGUUCGCCGCAAGACCGAGCGCGACUACGAGUGGGAGAAUGGUGGCCCUGGCCAGUAUCAACCAAACGAGCGCAAAACGUGGGACCUGGAGAACCCAGAGUGGGUCGACGACAUCAUUCCAGACAUCAUGGACGGCCACAACAUCUACGACAACAUCGACCCGGAUAUUCACGAGCGAUUGUUGGAAUUGGAGGCGGAAGAGGAUGCGCGGCUGCAGGAGAUGGAGAUCGAGGCCUCCAAGAAGCGUCCCCAAUAUGAUUUGAGCGACACGACUCUGGAUGCUGUUCGCUUCAUCAAGGACAAAGUAAAGGUGCUCAAGAUGGAGAGGGCGAUGAAGAAUCCCGCUAUCCGCCGUACCAGAAAGCAGGCGGACGCGAUUGAGAAGUUUAACAGCCGAACGGGUAGCCAAGACGCUCGCUCUGCGACACCCGGUGCCUCUUCAUCUUCCGGUGCCGCCAACAGCAGCACCACCACUGCCGGUAAGAAACGUGGCCGCUCGAUAUCUGUCGCACAGGAGGCGGUGAUGCGCGACCGGUCAGGCUCGACGCAUGUUUCCACGAAGUCAACACGUAGUAUUAGCUCGCGUUCUGCGAGCCGUGAGCGCUCCCUGAGCGUGAGCCGCGGGGAGGGCUUCCGCGAUGUCAAUGAAAAGCUCCGCGCAGUGAAACUGAGCAAGGUGAAGGCGCGCCCGCGCAACCGCCAGGCUAGGAAGGGCGAGGGCGACCACCACACACCAAACCUCCGCCCCAAGCAUCUCUUUACGGGUAAAAUAAAAACAAACGGUAAGCGCGACAGGCGGUAA